AUGUCCACCAAUCACCAGAGGCACCACAGCACCAACGACACGUCAUCCCCCGCUCCUGGCGGCAAGUUCCGGCCUAGCCGUAGCAGCAGCAGCGGAAGUUUACCCGCAAAUGCCGCCGCAUCUGGCGGGCGCUUCAAUCACAUUGGCACCGCCAGCGAGAAUUCAUGGAUAAGAAAGGCCGUAAGCGGCGGCAACAGUGACGGCGGCGGCGGCGGCGGCGGCGGCGGCGGCGGUGGCGGCAGUGGCGGGGGUAGCGGCGGGUGGGGUCCUUCGAACAGGGGCAGGCAGGCAGCGACUGGCCGUGGGAGCGACGCGUGGGGAAACAGCGACGCGAGGAGCAGCGGCGGCGGCAGCAGCAGCGGCGCUGGCGGCGGCGAUUGGAAGACGCGUGGCGACGCGAGGGGAAGCAACCGCGCGGAGGAGGGAUGGGGGGUGCGCGGGGGAAGCGGCGGAAGAGGGGGAGGCGGGGGAUGGGGGGGAGGCGGCGGGAGGGCGUCGAGAUGGGGGGAAGCAACUUCGUACAGUGGGCGGAGUGAUAAUGGCGGGGGAAGAGGGGCCAAUGCAGCUGGUUACAGUAACCCCACACCUGCUGGCAAAUUGGCGCCAGGUGAUAAACUCCAGCCACAGCAGCAGCAGCAGCAGCAGCAGCAGCAGCAGCAGCAGCAGCAGCAGCAGCAGCAGCAGCAGCAGCAGCAGCAGCAGCAGCAGCAGCAGCAGCAGCAGCAGCAGCAGCAGCAGCAGCAGCAGCAGCAGCAGCAGCAGCAGCAGCAGCAGCAGGAGCAGCAGCAGCAGCAGCAAUGUCAUUCCCUCAGACUCGCCAACACUUUCGCGGAUCUCGUCUGCAUGGUAACAGACGACAUUGCUUCGGAUGUUACUGCAGCUCUCGGGGAGGUGUGGGACCACGUGGUGGUUGUGCCGAGGCUGGAGGCUCGGCAGGGGGUUCGGCAGCGGGGGCAGGGACCUGGGGGCGAACCAACGGCUGCAUGGGCAGCACAGCACCUGGCAGACUCUGCAUUCCGGGACCUGGGGGCGAACCAGCGGCUGCAUGGGCAGCUUCUGGCAGAUGAUGACGUGAGGCGAGCCAUGGAGGGGCUGUUCUACGCGAUGCGCGGCUGCACACUCCUUCUCUCCCCAAGUCGCCGUCUGUUCGACGAUCUGCAGUGGUGCGCGAGGCACCACCCCAUCGGCCACUGGGACGCCAUGGCGGGCCCGGAUGAGUAUUUCAUCUCCAAGUUCUUCCUGGACCGAGGGGUGCCGUGGACGCAUGUUCACAUGCGGUUCGGAGCCAUAUCAUGGGUGGUGGAUGAGGCAUUACAGGGCCAGGCCCCUCCCGUGUUCAUCCAUUACGUCAGUGAGAAGCCCUGGGUCGCCCCUGCUGGCCCCUCCACCGCCCCUGCUGGCCCCACUUCUACAGUGAAAACGUCUACACCUGCUGUGACUUCUACAGUGACUAAUUGGUCAGACUUCUUAGUGUGGGACUCUAUAGCAGAGCAGGUGGUGGGGCUGCUGCAGGCAGCAGGGGAGGAGGAGGCGGGUGCUGCCAGCAGGCUGUUUGCGGGGUGGGAGGCGAGGAGGAAGCUUCCUGUUGUGUUCCCAGAGAAGCAGGGUUGA